AUGGAAAACGAACAGCGUGAUGAGAUAGCCAGCUGGAAAAUUGCGGGCUGCGGUGCUCUCACCGGGCAGAUUUUAUGGGCGGCGAAUUAUCCGUUCGAUCUUGUCAAGAGCAAGAUGCAAGCUGACAGGUUCGGAAAAGAACGCAAGUACCGCAAUAUGCGCAGUGUUAUCUGGCAUACCUGGUGCACUGAUGGAUGGCGUGGUUUCUAUCGUGGUUUAGGCCCGACAUUGUUGAGAGCUGUGCCUGUGUCUGCAGGGACGUUUGCCGUCGUUGAGACUGUACGAAAAGCUGCUUAA